AUGCCGGUAUAUCCCAGCGUCCUCGUCUUCCUCGACGGCACCCCACCCACCACCUGUCCUGCUUCUUUGCACUGCGCCGUUGCAAACAUGCAGCGAGCUUCUGCUCCAACACUUGCUGAGAGCGUCGGAGCACACAUGGUUGAGGCAAUCGAGCAUCAGCUGCGAUGGAAUUACUUUAGUGCAUUCGCAAGGACUGUUCUGCUUCCAUGGCUCGAGGCAAGGUAUAGACUAACUUACCCUUGCCCUGCGUCGCACCCCAGCACCGUCUCCCAACUCGUCAUCCAAGACAUGCUACCUGCUUAA